CGGGGGCACCGUGGGGGGGGGGCUGGGGUGAGGCCGCAGAGACUCACAGCGGCUCCGGACUGGUGUCAGGGCGGAGACGAGAAAGGAGGAGUGUGUGUUGUGUGUGUGCGCGCGUGUGUGUGCGCGUGUGUGUAUACGGCUCGUCACGGAGGACAGACGCGGGGAGUGAAUCCCAGAGGAGCCGCUCACUCACCGUCCCUCCAACCCAGCUGGACCCGCGGCUACACUCCCUCGCUGCUAACACACGGUACGUCCACAGCAGCUCCGCCAACAGCACGACACGGCGCGUACAGCCGCCACCGCCGCGAACUUCACCUUCAUUAGGAACAGUCACAGCAAGAGAACAGCCAUGUUGCCUUCAACAGAGGGCUGAGGAGUGACAGGAGGCAACAUGGUGGAUUACUAUAAUGUCCUGGGAGUGUCCAAAACAGCCUCUCCGGACGACAUCAAGAAGGCGUACAGGAAACAGGCUCUGAAAUGGCAUCCUGACAAAAAUCCCGACAACAAGGAGGAAGCAGAGAAGAAGUUCAAAGAAGUUGCUGAGGCCUAUGAAGUCCUGUCUGACAAGAGUAAACGAGCUGAGUAUGACGGAUUUGGAAACAACAGAAUGGGACACACAGGUCCCUCCAGCUCGGACUUUUCGUCAGAUUUCCCAUUCACCCACACAUUCCGUAGCCCAGAUGAGGUAUUCCGAGAAUUCUUUGCUGGCCAGGAUCCUUUUGCCUUUUUUGAUGACUUCUCAUCGUUUGGAGGCUCAUCCUCUCGUCUCGGCCCCAGUCGAUUCUUCUCUUUCCCUUCAACCAAAGUUGACUUCACCUCGUUCUCCUCUUCGUUGGGGGGCAUGGAUGGGAUGGACAGCAUGGGUGGAGGGAUGAGCAACUUCAGAUCAGUCUCUACCUCCACUCGCAUCAUAAAUGGAAAGAGCACCACUACCAAGAAGAUAAAGGAAAAUGGGCAGGAGAGAGUAGAAAUUGAGGAGGAUGGGGUGUUAAAGAGUGUCCUAAUUAAUGGCCUGAAAGAUGAAAUGGCUCUUGCUUUAGAGCUAAGCCGACGACAGGGAAAGUCCCAUCCCUCCCCUCAGAAGGCAAAACUCCCGAGCAGAUCGCCUGCCAAGUCCGACAGACCCUGUCCCAGCCGUCAGCCGGAGGCCACACAUCGGUCAUUCAGCUCCGCCCCUUUCUACAAUUUAGCAGGGACUGUGGGAGCUACCGAGGCUGACGAAGACCUGCAGAUGGCUUUGGCAUACAGCCUGUCAGAAUUGGAAGCAAAGCAGAGAGCAGCUCCUUCUGACUUCAUAUCAGGUGCUGGGGGCGGGGGUGGAGUUUUUAAGACAAAAAAGGUACAUGUGUCCAGUAAUAUAAAGGUUGUGACAAAGGAGAAAGAUGAAGAUGGGCAGGUUAAAGUAGGCACAGUGUUUGAAGAUAGAUGGGAAAGGGAGGGAAAGGAAACCAGGGAACCAGUAUCCUCUCCUGAGUCCCCCUCAACUGCCGAAACUACGCCGCUCAGCCAGUGCAGUGAAGAAGCCCAUGAACCUGCCCCAAAAAAUAGUGACGGCAAUGUGAAAAAGAAAAAAAAGUGUGGCUGUAUUGUGUGCUAAAACAGUGUAUAUGUGUUUGGGAUUCUUUACACUUAUCUCAGUGUUGCGCCUGCAGCCAAACUCUACUAUAAUGUGAUUGGCAGAAUCUAAAUUCAAGGCAGUGGCUGAUGACCUCUAGUCACCUCUGAAGGAGACGAUGUGAGUCAGCUCUGACAGGGCCUGUUGUUUACUGCUGUUUCUUUUUCUUUUGUUAAUAUUCAACCCAGACAAUUCCAUAUAGUGUGCCAAAACAAAGCAACGGUUUAAUAGUUUGUUAAGCAACACAGAGGAUUGUUCCUGAAAUACGUCAAUUAGCCAAUUAUUUACAUAUUGCCAACAGAAAUGAGUGGGAAUAAGAGGGUUUGGGUUAUGAUUUACUCAUUCAGACACUUUGGCAAAGGAAUGUAUCAGAACUGAGGCACUCCCAACUGAUUGAAAUUGAAAGUAGGCUACGUAACUUUCUCUGGUGAUUGUCAGCCUUCAACUGAUCUUUAUCUGACCAUAAAACACUUCUCCCAGUGUUAGAUCCAAUGUUAUGACAUCUAAGGACAUAUAUUUGUGGUUUUUAUGCACCAAAAAUCUUCUUUACCAAGCUGUAGUAGCCUACCCAUGUAGCAUGGUAAAAUUCAUAGGUAGAUUCAAAUUGCCAUGGUCAGUCAGUCAGCUUAAAGUCAGAGAUAAAUUCAGACUUGAGUGCUCUGGCUAGAUUUGAUGAGGAGUUAUCCAAACCCCUGGAUCAUCUGCUAGUGCCAACGUGGUCCAUGUAUCCUUUUCUGACUCCAGUUCUGACUCCAGGUGCUGGUUAUCACCAGCGACAUAAAAUGUUGGACAAAAGGGGAAAAUUUCACGAGCAAGCUGAAAGUAAUGCUCAUGAAAAGUUGCAUUAAAAAGAUUAAAAAGUUAAAUAAUCUUUAGAAAAACACUAAGAGUUUAAUAGAGAUGUAAUAUUAUAUAUAGAAGAUGUUAACUCCUGAAGGCUAAUUUUGAGGCAUAGUUUCCGAAUUUUCUCCAUGGAAUCUGUGUUUUCAUACUUUCACAGUAUUUGUACAGGACCUAUAUUCUGCUUUAUAAUCAAAAUAGACAUGAAGAAAUGUCACCUUUUACAAUAUGGUACAUUUUAGGUGACGCACAAACUCACACACUUUGCCAAAUUCAAAUAAACCUUAACAGGUAGCCCAGCUUUUAUAUUUUUUGUAUAGUUAGAAAAAAUAGUGAGGAGCUCUUGAAACAUUAUAUUUGAGUAUGAUAUCAUCACUACAUAUGGUCAGAUUGUAGUUUGCAGCCCUUUAUGAAGGCAUAGCACAAUGUGGAAUGUGUACGGCAUUAUGACUGAAUUCAUGAAAAAUCAUGAAAAAAACCUAAUAUUUAUAUCUCUUUGGUGCCUUUAAUCAUUUGAACUACUUGUUCUCUAUCGUGUCAAGACUAUCUCUCCACGAGUGGUGCUUCUAAAGCCCACUGUGGCUAAUCAGUGCGUGGCCACCACAGAUGAUGUGUCUUAAAGAGUAAUAAUCGUCAGCUGCCCCUGUCGGGGUCAGUCCCCAUACAUAUGGAAUAUGUAGGCUGGAGUGAUCGUCUCUCCACUCAGAGAACCUGGGCUACCAACGUAACCAUCUGUUAACAAUGCUUAGAUUAUCACUGCAAACGUUGCCAGAAAAUGAAAAUGUAUUUUAAGCCAAGUAAAUGCACUUCACUCAACAAAGUGCAUGUUGUUUUGUAUCUGUAGAUUCAAGACAAUAUUUCCUCCCACAGACGAACAUGGCAAAACUCUGCAUCAGUGUUUUGGGGUGUUCUGAGGAAGAAAUGUGGAUGAAGAGUAAUGAAAUGUAACGGUUAAAGAUGUGCACAAGUAAAAAAAAUAGCUUGAUCAACAAAAUACUUCUAGUCUAAUGUCUAGGAUUAAGUGCUCCUUAGAAAAAUACUAAAACUCUAUCUGCUCCAGUUGAGCUGUGUAAAUUAUAGUCUGCCGUCCUCCAGGACAACUCCUAAACCUUCCUUCCACACAAACUGAUUUGUGAUGAUGACAUUUGUGGCUUUUACCUGAGAUAGGAACGCAUUACUGGUAAAUCCACCAAAAUGACAGACCUGGAUUUAGUGGCACCUAAUGGUGAGGUUGCAUAUGAGGUUACAACCUACUUACACCUGCUCCCCUGUAUAUUAUCAAAGAGAACCUAAUGACCUUUAGGAAACAUAAAACCAUUAAAGGCCCUCUCUGGAGCCGGUGUUUGGUCUGUCUGCUCUGAGCUACUGUAGAAAUAUAGCAGUGCAACAUGGCGGACUCUGUGCAAGAGGAUUUGCUGCCUGUGUAGAAAUCAAGGGCUCAUUCUAAAAAACCUAAUCAUGAAUAUACUGUUCCAUUUCAAUUGAUAAACCCGGUACUGUUUUUUCAAAUGAAUGAACAUUGUGAACAGUGUUUUGUUUAGAACUGCUUUAGCUGUAGCUACUGCUCAGUUGGGUUAUCGCCUGACUUCUUCUUCUUUGUGCUGGAACUCAACAUCCAAGUAUUACUGUAAAUGAACUCCAGAGCUGUGUGCGUGUGCGUGUGUGUGUGUGUGUUUUUGUUGUGUUGUGUGGCAGUCUUAUAUUUUUCACGAGUGCCUGCAUGGGUUUUUGCUUUCACUUUUAAGGAUGAAUUUAUCGUCCAUGACAAAACUUAAACACAGCUGUGAGAUUACGUCAUCGGUUUUAACGAAUUCAGAUUAUUCGGACUAAUCUGUGAAUCUGUGUAUCCUUGCCUUAUGAUGACAUGUGGAGAGGGAAAUAGGAAGAGGCACAAGGCAAAUGGGCUUUCUUAUAUAGAAAUAUAUUAAACUGUAAUCUUUGUGCUACAUUGAAGUUUUUAUUGUUGUUAUUUUUAUUUUCCAAUUGUUAAAAAGAGAAAUUACAAAUAAAGAUUCAGCCAAAA